CUGUCAACACACACGCAAAAUAACUUUCAGCUGUGAUGUGCAGAAUGUUUUUGCAAUCGCAAUUGAAACUGGCCAUUAGCGAGGUCAAGCCUUAUUCAUCAGUAAAUGUCAGAAAAAAUUAACUUAGUAUUUGAUGAGUCGAUGGAGCUGGGAGAACAGUGGUGGAAAGGACAAGUGGUUGCCGAUAUCCAUCAGGCUCUUCGCAUCAAGGAACUGAGAUUACCACUCUACAAAAGCCAUUCUCCUCAGCUGAACACUAGACGUUACUUUGCGGAUCUUCUUGCAAUCAUCAGCAAUCAUUUUCAUCUUUGCCCCACUGCUCGCCACCUUGCUGUUUACCUUCUAGAUCUAUUUAUGGACCGCUAUGACAUUUCUGUUCAGAAAUUACAUCUAGUGGCACUCUCCUGUUUACUUUUGGCAAGCAAAUUUGAGGAGAAAGAAGAUCGUGUACCAAAACUUGAACAACUCAACAGCCUCACUUGCCUAAGUAGUAUGAACCUGGUGUUAAACAAACAGGACCUAUUGCACAUGGAACUCUUGUUGCUAGAAUCCUUUCAGUGGAACCUCUGCCUGCCUACUGCAGCACACUUCAUUGAUUACUACCUUUCCAUUGCUGUACAUGAAACGGAUCUUCAUGAUGGAAGGCCUAUGGUUUACUUGGAGAAGACAAAGUUAUAUACAGAAAAAUAUUCUGCCUAUUUUCUAGAGGUAUCUUUACAAGAUCAUGGCUUUUUAAAUUAUUUUCCUUCAGUAGUUGCAGCUGCUUGCAUAGCAGCGUCUCGAGCUGUUCUUAAACUCACUCCUUUAUGGCCUGUUCGACUGCACCAUCUUACUGCUUAUGCCUGGGAUGCUCUGUUACCCUGUACUGAACGUCUGUUAAUUGCUCACGACAAUGAUGUAAAAGAAGCCAACAAGCAGAAACGUGAACAAUCAGUUCAGAUUGGACAAAGCACUUUCUUGAGUCAACCUGUAGCUUCUUCCCAAACCCGGAUUGCACAACAAACUUCACCAUAUUUGCAUCCAAAGCACUCCAAUCUAUUGCAGUAUCAUCACCAACAGCCCUUGCAGCAGAAUUGUCAAUCUACUCUUCCAACUGGUCAAGCAACAAGAUACACAAUAUCAACAUGCCCUCCCAAUCUCCAAGCUAAUUUUGUAACUCAUGGACCCAGACAAGCAAAUACUAUGUCAUUAGCAACAAAUAUGGAAGUUAAAUCUUGUAUUAAUAUUCCUUCUAAUCAGAAAUACCAAGUAAAUGGUCAUUAACUCUGGAAAAACACCAUACUUUGAAAGGCAAUUACAUGAACCAAUCAUCAAAAGAUACACUACAUGUGGGAAUGGCUUUAAUCAUAACUAUAUUUUGAAAUUGUUCUUUACGUCUUAAAGAGAAACAAAACAAAUUUAUUUUGUAGGUGUUGGGGAUUAUUGGGCACCAAUGUUAUUGAAAUAACAAAGAACCUAUCUAAAUGUUUGAAGAUGUACUUAACAACAAGUUAAUUGAUAUGAUGAACAAUAAAUCUGACAAAUUAACUAGAUAAAAUGCUAGUUUGAAAGUUUGAU